AUGGGAGUAAAGAUUGCAGCUUCGAUGCAUAAAACACUAAACACUUGCAAGGGUGUCAUCUCAGUCUUUGAGCUGGUUGACGUGUCACCUGAAGAAAUCUUGAUGGAGAUGAUGGAUCAGGAUGUCGUUGAUGUACGCAAAAUCAAAAUCCGUAAAAAUGGGUUGUACAUCACCACACGAAACCUAGUACUGACUUUUGACAAGCCCACACUUCCAACAAAACUAAAAGUAGGCUACCUGUCAGCAGAUGUCCGACCUUACAUUCCGAACCCGUUGCGCUGUUUUCGGUGCAACAGGUUUGGACAUGCUGCAGACGGGUGCCGCGGCUCUGCUUGUUGUGCACGGUGUGGAAAGUCUGACCAUGAGACCAAAGAAUGCAAAGGGCCAGACUGCUGUGUCAAUUGUUCUUCCAACCACCCAUCCUACUCGAGGUCAUGUACAAAGUGGAAAUAUGAAAAAGAAGUCCUGCACGUCAAGGUUACACAGGACAUCAGUUACCCAGAAGCCAGAAAAAAAGUAGCUCCCAUCUUUUUCGAAAAAUCCUUUGCCACAGCCGUAAAACAGAAAGUAAGACUAGUAACACAGUACACACAGACCGAGCAAUCACUACUGACAGAGACAACCACAAAUGAAGUCCAAGGAGGUGCACGUCCACCUCCAGUCCCCGAAACUCCAGUGGCGUCGCUAACACCGACGCCACUUCUGUCCUCACAGUCCACGGAGGUCACAUCCAUGGAUUGCGAGGACGAGACGAGCUCUGAGCACUCCUCUGCGAGCACGAGCUCCCAAGUCCUCCAAAAGAAUAGAGCUAGUCUGUCGGGGAGUGGGUCACUCCCUGACAUAUCUGACAAGGAGCUUGCGGCUGCUCGGAAGAAACCCACAAGGCCGCGGGUCACACCUCCAACAAAAAAUAGAUAA